GGAGGGAGUAAAAGAUUACGUCGUUUUCUACACACAUGCCUCGUGGACGUUUGACACUGACACGUGUAUCUCAAGCCGCUUAACCCCAAAAAAAUAAAAUAAAAUUAAUUCCCUUGUUCUCGUUUCAGAAUUUCUGAACCCAAAAACAAAUUCCAUAACUCCAGUUCCAUUUCAUUUCUACACUCUACUCUCAAAAACUUCCAAGCGAUUACCCGCAAUCGAACCCGAUUAACCCCAAAUCUUCAUCAAUUUCUCCAGAAAAUUGAGUUAAAUCUAGAAUAAUCUAGGGCUGUAAUACAACGCAAUCAUGAAUAUCUUCAGACUGGCCGGGGAUAUGACACAUUUGAUUAGUGUCUUAGUUCUCCUUCUCAAAAUCUACGCUACCAAAUCAUGCUCAGGAAUAUCAUUGAAGACACAAGAGUUAUAUGCUAUUGUGUUCUUGGCUCGUUAUCUGGAUUUGUUCACAGACUUCAUCUCUCUUUACAACUCUGUGAUGAAAGUGGUUUUUAUUGGGAGCUCUUUGGCAAUUGUCUGGUGUAUGCGGUACCAUCGGGUUGUCAGGCGUUCAUAUGACCGUGAGCUAGACACUUUCCGUUAUUGGAUUCUUGUGGCGGCAUGUGCCAUUUUGGCACUUGUUCUUCAUGAGAAGUUUACCGUUCAAGAGGUGUUCUGGGCUUUCUCAAUAUACCUAGAGGCAGUUGCCAUCCUUCCCCAGUUGGUGCUCUUGCAAAGAAGUGGAAAUGUUGAUAAUCUGACUGGACAAUAUGUGUUCUUCCUUGGCGCCUACCGUGCAUUUUACAUCUUAAACUGGAUUUACCGCUAUCUGACGGAGCAGCAUUUCACUAGAUGGAUUUCUUGCGUCUCCGGUCUUGUCCAGACAGCCCUUUAUGCAGAUUUCUUUUAUUACUACUUCAUCAGCUGGAAAAAUAAUGCCAAGCUUCAACUGCCGGCAUGAGACAAAGAAGAUAUAUGAUGAUGAUGAACAGUUUUAACAUCUAACCGGAUCUGGUUUAUGCUGUGGCUUGUGGACAAUUUUGGCAUACUACUUCUCUCUAGACGUGAAAUCAUACAUGGAGUUUGGCUGAGGGUUAAGUAUUUCACUGAGCUCCUCCUACAUUGUUAAAUUCAGAUUCUGUACCCUUGUUAAUAUGACAGAAAUAUGUUAAAUUUGAAAAUGUUGGCGGCAUUCUUCUGUCAAAUGUGAUUCAAAACUUUCAAAGAUAUAGAGAUAUGACUAAUCAAUUAUUUUGCUUCGUACA